CGCCUCCAUUUUCAGAGCAUGAACUAUUACGCCGCAUUGUGGUAUUCGCCCAGACAUGGCGCACAACGAAUCUCCUUCUCCACCUGCAAUUCCUUCCCCCAACCAUGAGGGGGCAACUAUUCUUGCGCAUCAACCACUUCGCGAUGCAUCUUGCGUGAAAAUCAUGCCCGCAAUCGAGACCAGCAAUCUUAUCAUGGUCUCUACACUGAUCAUCCUUCAGUUUCAGAUUCUUACUGAUAAUCUCUUCACACAGCCCUUCAUCUCCUUUUUCCUCUACUUCUCGAGCAUCAAGAAUCAAAGAGCCCUCACUGACCAUGGACGAGUAGUUCCCGUUUACUCCCCGGCCCGAAAAGCUUGCAGAGGGGCCCGUUAA